UGACAAGAGAGCAGGUGUAUAAAUCUGACACAGGAACGUUGAGAACGACACCUGAAGUAAGGCAAGGCUAGAGAGGGGAAACAGACAGUGAUGAUGAAGGGGCUCCUGGCUGUACUCUUGGUCCUGAUGGCCAUUUCGUCUUCAAUGGGAAAACCUGAGAAGCAGGCCGAAAAGAAAGAGAAGAGGGUACCUCAGACCCUUUCCAGAGGGUGGGGAGAUGAGCUCAUUUGGGCUCAGACUUAUGAAGAAGCAUUGUACAAAUCCCACUCAAGCAAUAAGCCCCUGAUGGUCAUCUUUCACCUGGAGGACUGCCCUCACAGCUCUGCUCUGAAGAAGGCCUUUGCCAACCACAAAGAGAUACAGAAGAUUGCUGAUGAAGACUUCAUCCUCUUGAACCUUUUGUUCGAAACCACAGAUAAGCAUCUCUCUCCUGAUGGUCAGUAUGUGCCCAGAAUACUUUUUGUUGACCCUUCACUCACAGUAAGAGCUGACAUUACAGGAAGAUAUGGAAAUCGUUUGUAUGCAUAUGAACCCUCUGACUUGCACCUGUUGCUCAGCAAUAUGCAUAAAGCCAAGAAGUUGCUGAAGACAGAGUUGUGAGAUCUGAGUUGAGCUGGGGAUUGACCUUCUCUAACCUGUGACCUCUGGGAGUUCUUAGGAUUCCCAUUACAGUGGGACUCUCAAUGUUACAUAAAACCAAAACUGGAUUGUCACAUUUUGACUUUGAAAGGAUUUUUUUCAAACAUGAUAUGAUUGUUUUUCUUAUUAUCACAUUGUUAUGUUAGCAAGGAUACCUGUUGUAACCACUAACAACUGUUUUGUCUUAAUAAAACUGAGU